CCCGGCUGCGAGGGCGGCGCGCACCGACAGCCGGACUGACAGGCGGCCGGUCGGACCGACGGGGCAGCGCGGGGAGCGGGGACGCGGCGGGACAGCGACAUGGCCGGCCACACGCAGCAGCCGAGCGGGCGCGGGAACCCGGGCCCUGCGCCCUCGCCCUCCCCCGGCCGGGGUCCCGGCCCCGGCGCCUCGGAGCGGGUGGCGCUCAAGAAGGAGAUCGGGCUGGUGAGCGCCUGUACCAUCAUCAUUGGAAACAUCAUUGGCUCGGGCAUCUUCAUCUCCCCCAAAGGGGUCCUAGAGCACUCUGGCUCUGUGGGUCUGGCCCUCUUCGUCUGGGUCCUGGGUGGAGGCAUCACUGCCCUGGGCUCACUCUGCUACGCGGAGCUGGGAGUGGCCAUCCCCAAGUCUGGUGGGGACUACGCCUAUGUCACUGAGAUCUUUGGGGGCCUGGCUGGCUUCCUGCUGCUCUGGAGCGCCGUGCUCAUCAUGUACCCCACGAGCCUGGCCGUCAUCUCCAUGACCUUCUCCAACUACGUGCUGCAGCCCGUGUUCCCCAACUGCAUCCCACCGGCCGCCGCCUCCCGCGUGCUCUCCAUGGCUUGCCUGAUGCUCUUGACGUGGGUGAACAGCUCGAGCGUGCGCUGGGCCACGCGCAUACAGGACGUGUUCACCGGCGGGAAGCUGCUGGCCCUCUCACUCAUCAUCGGCGUGGGCUUUGUCCAGAUCUUCCAAGGACACUUCGAGGAGCUGAGGCCCAGCAAUGCCUUCGACUUCUGGAUGACGCCGUCCGUGGGCCACCUGGCCCUGGCCUUCCUCCAGGGCUCCUUCGCCUUCAGUGGCUGGAACUUCCUCAACUAUGUCACAGAGGAGCUGGUGGACCCUCGAAAGAACCUACCUCGUGCCAUCUUCAUCUCCAUCCCCCUGGUGACCUUUGUGUACACCUUCACCAACGUCGCCUACUUCACUGCCAUGUCCCCCCAGGAGCUGCUGGCCUCCAAUGCCGUGGCCGUGACCUUCGGGGAGAAGCUGUUGGGCUACUUUUCUUGGGUCAUGCCCGUCUCCGUGGCACUUUCCACUUUCGGAGGGAUCAAUGGCUACCUGUUCACCUCCUCCAGACUGUGCUUCUCUGGAGCCCGAGAGGGGCACCUGCCCAGCCUGCUAGCCAUGAUCCACGUCAGACGCUGCACCCCUAUUCCUGCCCUCCUCGUCUGUUGCGGGGCCACAGCGGUCAUCAUGCUCGUGGGAGACACGUACACGCUCAUCAACUACGUGUCCUUCAUCAACUACCUCUGCUACGGCGUCACCAUCCUGGGCCUGCUCGUGCUGCGCUGGAGGCGGCCAGCGCUCCACAGGCCCAUCAAGGUGAACCUCCUCGUCCCCGUGGCGUACUUGGUCUUCUGGGCAUUCCUGCUGGUCUUCAGCUUCAUCUCGGAGCCCAUGGUGUGUGGGGUAGGCGUUAUCAUCAUCCUGACGGGGGUGCCCAUCUUCUUCCUGGGAGCGUUCUGGAGAAGCAAACCAAAGUGUGUGCACAGACUCACAGAGUCAGUGACACGCUGGGGCCAGGAGCUGUGUUUCGUGGUCUACCCCCAGGGCUCCCCAGAGGAGGAGGAAAAUGGCCCCUGCCAGCCCUCCCCACUGCCUGCCACGGACAAGCCCUUGAAGACACAAUGAGACAUUUGUGGAGCCUGAAGCAGCUGUUUCUGUUUACAUGUUGUUUAUUGAGGAGGUGUUUUUGCAAAAAAAAAAAAAAAUUUUUUUUCCUGGGGAAAAAUAAACAGAGCUCUGACUCUUAGAAGGGCUUGGUAAGGAAGCCCUGAAGAUGUGGACUGGGUCCCCUGUCAGCACUGCCCUGCUAGCUUUUCCUGGAAAGAUCUGUGCAUAAAACAGGGCUGGUGGUACACCUGUCUCAGGAACUUGUUGGGUCCCCCUGGGUGGGGGUGGGCAUGUGUGGAGCUGGCUGGAGCAGGUGGCUUGGUUGGCUCAGGAGGAGGCUCUUGACUUUUGGGGGGUUCUGAUGCUUGAGCCAGACACUCCUUCUCUGGGGUUGGCACCUUGGUGUCAGGGGCCAACCCUGCCCUACAGAGGUGGAGGACUGAGAACUGGCUGGGUGUGACCCUUUCCCCCAGACCCUGCUGGAGGCUCAGCCACCCAAGAGAGCCUGGGGUUCCCGCCAGAACUGCCUUUCUUCCCACAAAUCCCCACGGAGUGAGUGUCAGGACUCAGUGGCCUGGCUUGGUUUACAGGUGGGGAAACUGGGGCUUUGAGACUGGAUGGCAUGGGUUUGGCUGCUGUCAGUUGGUGCCUCAGCCUCUGCCCUCUGAGAAAGCAUUGGGCACCAUCUUCUGGGGGCCUUGGGGCCUGUAAGAGAUCCCGUGAGCUUUCUCGACCCCGUGCCUACCUUCUCAGCCCGGCAUCAAGCUGACUGGGCCCACGCUGACCCCACAGGCAUGAGGUUAGGGGCAGAAGCCUCCUGGCCCAGCUUCUCCAGGCCCUGUGCCACCAGAGCGCUCACCGUGGACUAGGUCUGACGUACCCAUGGCCACGUCCAGUCCAGGGACAGCUCUGGCGCCCCACAGGGUGAAUGGAGGGAGAAGCCACAGGAAACGUUCCAGGGAGCCCUGCCCUGGCCCUCCUUUCUUCUCUGCAAAAGGAUUCCCAGAAUGGAGGCAGGGGAGGCAGAUGGGGACUCCCCCCAGGUGUCUUGUGUACCCUGGGGCCCUGGAGAGGGGCUCACCACUCCACCCUCUUCCCGUGUUCAACCCCUGGCAAGUCCCUCUGCCCACCAUGCCCACCAGGGGGGCCAGGGUGCUGACACAGGAAGCUGGCAGGGCUCCCGGGUGGGCCUCUCCAUAAGAAAGAAGGACACG